AUGGAAGAACUCCAAUGCAACCAUGAAUCAACACAACUACAACUGAAAUAUCAACUGAAGGAAGGAGGCCAACCACUACAAAUCAAGGAUGACAAAAGUCUGUUGUUCUACAUAAAGCUAUUAACGAAGGAGGUUGAUUUCACAAGGUACCCAUUGUGUGUGAACAAAACCAGUAACACGGCACCACCUAACCAAACAAUGGUGUGGAACAAUAUGAUCAUGGAAUCGUAUGAGAACAACGCAAAGACAGAAGACUUGCAAGCAACUGGAAACAACACGGCAACAACUUCCAAGCAACAACUAUACGCGCAGACGAUGGGAUCCGAAUCAACCAUACAACAACCAGAAAACAACAGCGAAAAAACUACAGCAGUAGAUGAAGAUUUCGACUUCACCGACUAUGCAAAGCUUGUGGCUGCAGAAAUGGUACAGCAACUAGAAAACAACCAGGAAGAAGAAGAGGAAGUGGACAACACAGAAAUGAUGAUCAUCAAUGACAAACGACAUGAAACAAUAGAGAAGGGGCAAAUUUACAAGGACAAAGAAACAUUGAUAAGUACACUAUGCUACUUUGCAAUCAAGAAGACAUUUCAAUACAAAGUAGUGAAAUCUUGCACAAAAGAAUACAACAUAGUGUGUUUGGACACAAACUGCAAAUGGAGUUUAAAGGCUACAAAAAAUGGAAACACAGAAACAUUCAUAAUAAGGAGCUACGAAGAAGAACACACAUGUGCAGUUACAAUAAGAUUUGGAGAUCAACGACAAGCUACAUCAAAGUUGAUAGCAGAUUUUGUAAAACCAAAAUUCUUGAACCUGAAAACAAAGUGCAGCCCUGCAGACAUAAAGACAGAAAUGAAAGACAAAUACGGAAUAAAGAUGAAUUACAUGAAAGCAUGGCGUAGUAAAGAGCGAGCACAAACCCAGCUACAUGGAAAUGCUAAAGAGUCAUACAAUCUCUUGCCAAGAUACCUGUACAUGCUACAGAAAACAAAUCCAGGAACAUUAAUAGACAUAGAGAAAGAUGAUGAUGACAGUUUCAAAUAUGCAUUUGUUGCAUUGAAUGCUGCUAUAAAAGGUUGGCCAAACUGCAAACCAAUCAUCGUGGUAGACGGUACAUUCCUAAAGGCCGCGUAUGGAGGCACGUUGCUCACUGCCAACACACAAGAUGCAGAAUCGAAAAUUUUUCCACUAGCAUACUGCAUAGUUGAUUCUGAGAACGAUAAAUCGUGGGAGUGGUUCUUAAAAAAAAUAAAAGAAGCAUUCGGGGUUCGAGAAUGUCAAUGCCUAAUAUCAGACAGACAUGAAAGCAUCAUCAAAGCAACUAGGAAAGUGUUCCCUGAAAUAACACAUGGCUACUGCAUCUUCCACCUCUUGUCGAACCUCAAAACAAAAUUCAAGAAAAAUGCAAAGCAUUUCAGAGUGCCAUUCUUUGCAGCUGCAAAAGCUUACACAGAAAUGGAGUUUGAAUUCCAUAUGAGGGAGCUAGACAACUUGGAUAAGCGCAUAAGACCGUACCUGGAGAAAAUUGGCCAUGAAAAAUGGUCAAGGUAUCAUUCAGAAAACAACAGGUACUCUACCAUGACAUCAAACAUAGCUGAGGCACUGAACUCAGCAAAUUUAGCAGCAAGGGAAACACCAGUGACAACAUUAAUGGAGUGCUUGAGGGCACAAAUGCAAGAGUGGACAUACAAUAAUAGAAAGGAGGCACAAAAAUGCACAACAAGGCUGACACCAUCAUCUGAGAAAAAACUCAUAGGGAACUAUGUACAGUCAUUGCGACUAACAGUGAAACCAGCAAACCAGAACCUGUUUGAGGUGAUAGAUGAAGACAGAACAAGAAUAGUAAACUUGAAGGAGAAGACGUGCACAUGCAAUAGAUUUCAAAAAGAUGAAAUGCCAUGUAACCAUGCAGUCACCGUCAUGAAGGACUUGAACAUAAACACAUACAACUACUGUGCACAAUACUACACAUCAAAAGCAUGGCUGCAAACAUAUGAAGAAACAGUAUACCCAGUUGGAAACGUAAGAGAAUGGUAA